AUGCCCUUCGCAGCCUCCCUGGCUGAGGUCCAGGUAGGGGCCAGCUGUCCCACCUGCCUGGAUUACCUGAGAGACCCAGUCACCACUGACUGUGGGCACAACUUCUGUGGCUCCUGUAUCUACCAGUGCUGGGAGGACCUACAGGACAACCUCCCCUGUCCCAUCUGCCUCCACCACUGUCCCGACAGGAACUUGAAGAGAAACAUGCAGUUAGGUCACAUGACUGAUCUUGUCAAGCAGCUUCCAGCCAGGAGGAGCAAGAAAAGGCUGCAGGAAGAGAAAGCCCUGUGUGAGCAGCACAGUCAGGCUCUGGCCCUGUUCUGUGAGAAGAACCUGGAGCUACUCUGUCCCCAGUGCAAGGUCUCCUCUGGCCACUGGGGCCACCCCCUGACUCCCAUCGAGCAAGCUGCAGCUGGCCACAGGAAGAAGCUCAAAAGCUACAUCAAGCCCUUGCAGAAGCAGGUUGAAGACACUUUGAAAAGGGGUUAA